AUGGCCGACUACGGUGACACAUCCGAACCCGUCACGCCGGCGGACGAGUAUGGACCGAGCAAUCCAGCUUCACCCGGUUUUGCCGACGACGAUUCUGAGGCGAGCACACCCCUCGAUCCCCCAAGUUCGAGCUCCGAUGCCCAACCGAGUUUCUCCCCGAGCGAACCGCCUCGCCGGGUACCUUCCUUACGAACGGUUUCCGAUCCGCAAAACCUCACCCCCAUGAACCCUACUUCGAGCGUCACCGGGCUAUUGAAUACGGCGAGGAGACCCGCGCCGAGCGCAAAUAGCCUGCCAUCCGACAUUAUGCAAAAAGCACGAGCCCUCCAAGAGCAGCGCAUGAACAUGGCCGCCAGGGCAGCCAGCUCGGCGGCGAACAUGAACAUCAAUAUGAACAUGAACAUGAACAUGGGAGGGCCCGGAGGCGGCAGCGGGCAGCCGGGUGGCAUGCCUGCCAACCUCAAGCUGCCGCCAGGCAUGUCCCGGCCCUUGCCUCCGGGAUUUCCGAAGUCGGCACCCGCAGUACCAAGUGCAAGGAAACCCCCAAGCCUAAGCGAAAGGAGGGCGAUGAAGCUGGGGAAUCUACCAGGAUCUGGCGGUUCAUCGCCUAGCCCGACGCCGAAACUAGGGAAUCUCGGCGACGACACGGGGAAUCAGCCGUCAGUCAACGGGGAGGGGCGGGGUUCCAAGUUGAGCGAUUUCAAAAAUUAUAUCGACGCGGAUAAGGGCUGGAUCACGUUCGAUGGCGCGGCAACGAUCACGCGGACAGGGGUCAACUUUGCAAAUGGCCAAACUUUCUCCAUCUCGCUCGACGAGAUUGAUGUUAUGGACGAGCUAGGCAAGGGCAACUACGGAACCGUCUACAAAGUCAGGCAUGCCAGGCCAAAAGCACCGCGGUUCGGCCAGGGGUUGAGCAAGUUCAAGGCGUCGGUUCCAUUGCAGUCGUCAAGCGAGUCGGAGGAGUCGCCGGACACAUCACCCAGCGGGAGCACCGGGCCCACGACGUCAGGGGUGGUCAUGGCCAUGAAGGAAAUCCGACUCGAGCUUGACCAGGCCAAAUUCACCACCAUCCUCAAAGAGCUCGUGAUCCUGCACGAGUGUGUUUCGCCCUACAUCAUCGACUUCUACGGUGCCUUCUACCAAGAAGGCGCAGUCUACAUGUGCAUCGAGUAUAUGGACGGCGGGAGUAUCGACAAGCUGUACGCGGGCGGCAUCCCCGAAAACGUACUGCGCAAGAUCACGUUCGCCACCAUCGUGGGUCUUAAGACACUCAAGGACGACCACAACAUUAUCCACCGCGACGUGAAGCCCACCAACAUCCUGGUCAACAGCAACGGGCAGGUCAAGAUCUGCGACUUCGGCGUGUCGGGCAACUUGGUGGCUAGCAUCGCCAAGACCAACAUUGGCUGCCAGAGCUACAUGGCGCCGGAGCGCAUCAAGCGGCGGCGCCUUAGCCUCCGGCGCCGCAGAGUUCUGCGGCCGGGACGUACAACAACCCACACAAACGCCACACCUACCCCAUGCUCCUCGCCCACCCCUGGAUCAAGACGCUCGGGCAAGCCCGAGACCAUCGCCGAGGACGCCGAGGCCGAGGCCGCCGCCGCCGACGACGCCCUCGCCGACGCCGCCGGCAACCUCAGCCUCAACCACCCCUCGGGCCAGAUCGCCGAGGGCGAUUACGAGGUCGCCCAGUGGGUGCGCGACGUCCUCGAGCGGAAACGGAAGGGCUUGUUGAGGGAUGCGGGGCUGAAGCCCGCGCUGCAUGCCGCCCCGCUGGAUACCAUUAGUCCUGUGGGGAGUCCGUUGGUUGGGCCUUGA